UAUAUAGUUGGUCAUGGCUGCGGACCGCCACUCGCUGAACCUACAUCAUGCAUCUAAAGGUGGCAGUGGUGGUGACCGCGGCGGUGGUGAUGGUGCUGCUGCAGGAAACGACAGCAGCCACGUUUGGAAGGGGCAAGACGAGAGCUCCUCCCGCCUCCACAUACUCUGCACCCUCCACCACCUACUCAGCACCCGCCUCCAGCUUCUCAGCACCGAGGAAGCAGAAGACGAAGAGUGACACAGCCGCCAAGGUGCGGCAAGGGACGAACCACCUUAUCGACGGCGUCAUGAGUAACCUGCAAAACAUCACAGCCACCAUUCGCAACGUGACCAAGGGCGCGACGGAGAAGCAACUCAAAAAUUUGAGGCGCGUGACCAAAUUCAUUGGUCCUGCCUUGCAAAUUUUCCUGCAGCUUCAGUCUGGGCAGAAUAGAGUCACCUUCGAGGACCGUAAGAUGCUGGAUGAAGUGGGCACGCUGACUCAGUACCUCACAGCCACCGUGCUCAACAAACCUGCCGCCGACCACUCAAACAACACCAAGGAGAUGCUGCCGGACUACACUGAUCUGCUGGAAGCCGAGGAGACUUUCCCAAGUGUUGACGACGUGGACGCUGGCGCAGAGGUUCCCUCCACAGAACCUGAGCCACAGAGGGAGUCUUCAUUUGUGGAAACUUCCCCAUCAUUUGCUCCAUCACCAGUCUCUGCUCCCUCACCUUCAUUAAGAACGUUUGGCUCUUUCCGCUCAUUUCCGGGACGUCAAAAAGAGACGCCGGUAUCUUCACCUCCAUCUUCGACAAGAACUGUUGAGUCAUUCCGUUCAUCCGUGGCUCAUGAAGAACAGAGACCAAUCUCUGUGUUCCCACCUUCAACAAGAACCUUUACUUCACUUCAAGCUUCCCCUGUUACCGAGAAGCCCAAGUCAAAACUUGUACUUCCACCUUUAACAACGACGUUUGGAUCAUUCAGUUCAUCUUCAGAUAGCGAGAGGCAGACACCAUCACCUUCAGUUGCACCUCCGAGAACUUCUCAGGACUUUGGUUCCUCUCUGAAUACCAAAAAGCCGAAAUCAGCAUCUCCUUUCUCAUUUGCAACACUCUUUGGAGCUCUCGAUAUAUUCCCAGACAGAGAAACACAAACGCCGACCUUCCACUCUUCCCCCUCAACAAAAGUACCUGUUUUACAAUCCUCUAAGUUUAAGUUUUCUUCCCCGAGAGUUCAGGCGUCAUCCCAAGCGACGAGAUUAAGUCCGGCACCUCGACUCCCCAACCUGGGCGCGAAACACUUUGGAAGCUCCUUCAACAACAGAAAAGAAAACAAAGGAGAACAGAGCCCACACGUGGAAGAACAGAGCACACAAGCGAAUGAACAGACCACACAGGCUCCGAAGAUACAACCAACUGUAAAGCUGGACAACGCCCAAAAACGAUACUCACCUUCAAGACUUUUAAGAGAACAGAUGUUUCAGAAUAUUCAGUCCACCGCCUCUUCCUCUUCAAACGCCCCAAUCACCCAUCACUCUGUUCGUCCACUGAUUGGGUCCAGGGCGGGACUCAGGGCGGGGCGCAGGGCAGGGCGCAGGGAAGUCUUGAGACGCCGAAGACUCACUCAGACUCAACCUUGAAUGAAACUAACACACAAUAUUAAGGAACACAACGUCCUCUGAUAUUAUACAACUUUUCAUUUAUUUCUUUUCUACUAUACCAAAGACAUGAAGAUAAAAAGAUAAAAAAAAAAAGCUACAUAUAAGGAAAGGAGUAUAGGAACGGAAGAAUCUUUACGGUGCCAAAUGACAAAUCUCGCCUGAGUAUGUGAUUGCAAAGCUCCAAGAUUUCCUGAUACCAUUUCCCUUCUUUAUGAAAAUCAAUACAGGGAGGUAUGUAUACCGUUUCAGAGUACAAAUUAUGAACAACUGUAUUAUCCGCUCAUCAUACCCUACACGUGGAAGUCACUGUGUAAUACAUGCGUGCCUAUGUCUGUUUAUCAUAUCUACUCAUAUAUGUAUCCACCUUCCAAAACUCCCUAUUGACCGUACACCAAUAACCUGAUUACUGAGUCUGUCCCAUGGAUCUACCACUCGUUGAAUACCAAUAUCCUCGCAUCUCAUUGAAAAUCUUACUUAUUUUACUUACCGUCUUGUUCUGUCCUAGGUUUUCGAGACACUUACACAUUUCAGUAUCAGAACACUUUCAAGGUUCAGAUUUCUGUAAUGUCUAUUUACAAUGUACCUUUGUAAUUAGUGUUAGGGGAAAAGAAUAUAAUAAAAGAAAUACUUGCCU